AAGCCGAGCUCAGCGCGGGCGAGGGCGGCUCCGGGCAGGCGCAGCAUCCCCAGGCACCGUCUCCCGGUGACCGCGGCGCUAGCGGGCCCGGCGGCCGCUGUCCGGGCGACUGCGCAGCGCAGGCACCCCCGCGGCCCCUCCCCUGGGCGCGCGCGCGACCUGGGCGCCAUGGCGGCGGCGGCAGCGGCGACAGGCCAGCGGCCCGAGACCGCCGUGGCUGGUAAGGCCCUAAGUCCGCAGUGGGUGCCCCCAGAGCACCGCCGGGAGCCGGCAGCGGCCAGACUGGGCGACAGCGAGGACGCACCGGUGCGGCCGCUGUACAAGCCCCGCGGCAUCUGCUCGCGCGCCUACUUCCUGGUGCUGAUGGUGUUCGUGCACCUGUACCUGGGCAACGUGCUGGCGCUACUGCUCUUCGUGCAUUACAGCAACGGCGACGAAAGCACAGAUCCCGGCCCACAGCGCCGCGCCCAGGGUCCCAGCCCCGCGCCGACCUUAGGCCCCCUCACCAGGCUCGAGGGCAUCAAGGUGGGGUAUGAGCGUAAGGUCCAGCUAGUCACCGACAGGGAUCAUUUCAUCCGAACCCUCAGCCUCAAGCCGCUGCUCUUCGAAAUCCCUGGUUUCCUGACUGAUGAGGAGUGUCGGCUCAUCAUCCAUCUGGCACAGAUGAAGGGUUUACAGCGCAGCCAGAUCCUGCCCACUGAAGAGUAUGAAGAGGCCAUGAGCAUGAUGCAGGUCACCCAGCUGGACCUCUUCCGGUUGCUGGACCAGAACCGUGAUGGUCACCUGCAGCUGCGUGAGGUCCUGGCCCAGACUCGCCUAGGAAAUGGGCGGUGGAUGACUCCGGAGAACAUUCAGGAGAUGUAUGCUGCAAUCAAGGCUGACCCUGAUGGUGACGGAGUGCUGAGUCUGCAGGAGUUCUCCAACAUGGACCUUCGAGACUUCCACAAGUACAUGAGGAGCCACAAGGCAGAGUCCAGUGAACUGGUACGGAAUAGCCACCACACCUGGCUCUACCAGGGUGAAGGUGCCCACCAUGUCAUGCGUGCUAUCCGCCAGAGGGUGCUGCGCCUCACUCGCCUGUCACCUGAGAUUGUGGAGCUCAGUGAGCCACUGCAAGUUGUGCGGUACAGUGAAGGAGGCCACUACCACGCCCAUGUGGAUAGUGGACCUGUGUACCCAGAGACCAUCUGCUCACAUACCAAACUGGUGGCCAAUGAGUCUGUACCCUUCGAGACCUCCUGCCGCUACAUGACAGUGCUGUUUUAUUUGAACAACGUCACCGGUGGGGGCGAGACUGUCUUCCCUGUAGCAGACAACAGAACCUACGAUGAAAUGAGUCUGAUUCAGGAUGACGUUGACCUCCGUGACACUCGAAGGCACUGUGACAAGGGAAAUCUGCGUGUGAAGCCCCGACAGGGCACAGCAGUCUUUUGGUACAACUACCUGCCUGAUGGGCAAGGUUGGGUGGGCGACGUGGAUGACUACUCGCUACAUGGGGGCUGCUUGGUCACGCGUGGCACCAAAUGGAUCGCCAACAACUGGAUUAACGUGGACCCCAGCCAGGCUCGGCAAGCUCUGUUCCAGCAAGAGAUGGCGCGCCUUGUCCGGGAAGGUGGCUCCGACUCACAGCCUGAGUGGGCUCUGGACCGAGCCUACCGCGAUGCGCGCGUGGAGCUGUGAGAGGAGGGUUAGCCCCAGCUCCCAGCCGCCUUCCUCCCGAGGUCGGGGGCUCGACUGUCCUGUCCUCCUCCAGACUAAAGGUCUGGCCAAUGUCUUGCCCCACCCCCGCCUCCAGCCGCGAUACGGCGAAGUUCGCACAUUCACGUUAUUUAUUGUGUAUAGACUUCAUGCUGCCCAGUCAAAUAAAACCACAAGG